ACGUCCCAGGCCACUAAGCAACAGAGAAUUCACAACACAGAGAAGGCCCACGUGUGCAGUGAAUGUGGGCAGGCCUCAAUCAAGACGUCUCAGCUCUUCGAUCAUCAGAGACGUCAUCCUGGAGAGAAACCUCACAGAUGCAGCCUGUGUGGGAGAGCCUUCUCCAGGGAGUCCAGGCUCCCUGAACAGCAGAGAAUGCAUGCAGGACCGAAGCAUUAUGAGUGCACCGAGUGUGAGAAGACCUUCACGAAGUCGCAGUUCAGCAUACAUCAGAAAACUCACUUGGGAGAGAAGCCUUACACCUGUAGUGACUGUGGGAAAGCCUUCAUCAAGAAGUGCCGGCUCAUUUAUCACCAGCGAACUCACACAGGAGAGAAGCCCCACGGGUGCAAUCUGUGCGGGAAAGCCUUCUCCACAAAGUUCAGUCUCACCACACAUCAGAAAACGCACACAGGAGAGAAGCCUUACAUAUGCAGCGAGUGUGGAAAGGGCUUCAUUGAGAAGCGGCGUCUUGCGGCACAUCAUCGAACGCACACAGGCGAGAAACCCUUUAAAUGCAGUGAAUGUGGGAAAAGUUUCACCUUGAAGAACAGCCUUCUCACCCAUCAGCACAGCCACAGAGAAGAGAAGCUGUACACGUGCAGUGAGUGUGGGAAAGGCUUUUCCGUGAAGCACUGUCUGGUCAUCCAUCAGCGAACUCACACCGGAGAGAAACCCUAUACAUGCAGCGAGUGUGGAAAAGGCUUCCCCUUGAAGAGCCCUCUCAUCAGGCACCAGCGGACACACACGGGAGAGAAGCCGUAUGUGUGCAGUGAAUGCGGAAAAGGCUUCACCAUGAAGAGCGACCUCAUCGUACAUCAGCGGACGCACACGGCCGAGAAGCCCUACGCGUGCGGUGACUGUGGGAAAGGCUUCACCGUGAAGAGCCGCCUGAUUGUGCACCAGCGAACCCACACGGGCGAGAAACCCUACGUGUGCAGCAAAUGCGGAAAAGGCUUCCCGGCAAAGAUCCGGCUGAUUGGACACCAGCGAACUCACACAGGAGAGAAACCCUAUAUAUGCAGUGAGUGUGGGAAAGGCUUCACGGAGAAGAGCCAUCUCAACGUACAUCGGCGCACUCACACUGGAGAGAGACCCUACGUGUGCAGUGAAUGUGGCAAAGGCUUAACUGGGAAAAGCAUGCUGAUUGCACAUCUGCGAACUCAUACAGGAGAGAAACCAUAUAUAUGUAGUGAAUGUGGGAAGGGCUUCACCAUGAAGAGCACCCUAGGUAUCCAUCAGCAAACUCACACUGGAGAGGAGCCAUACAAGUGCGACGCAUGCGGUAAAGCCUUUAGGAAGAAGACGUGCCUCAUACAGCAUCAGAGGUUCCACACGGGAAGGACUUCCUUCGAAUGCACUGAAUGUGGGAAAUUCUCUUUGCGCAAAAAUGACCUCAUUACCCAUCAGAGGAUUCACACAGGAGAGAAGCCGUAUGAGUGCAGCGCGUGUGGGAAAGCCUUCACUACAAAGUCGGGGCUCAACGUUCAUCAAAGGAAACACACAGGAGAGAGGCCCUAUGGAUGCAGCGAAUGUGGGAAGGCUUUUGCCCACCUGUCAAUCCUUGUUAAGCAUAAGAGGACUCACAGGUAGUCACUUCAGGACCCAGUUGUAGACCCUCAAGAUAAUAGUAUUCAGUGGAGAAGAGCAAUGUGGUAUUUAUCUUUAGUGAUCAAUUACCUCGUAUUUUAUGUUGAUGGGAGAAUUUACAAUAUGACUCACAUACAGUCGGCCUUGAGAGUAUUUUUAGGACAUCCUUAUGUCUACAAAGUGUAUUCUAAGCUAAAGCCUGUGAAUGUGAAAGACUUAGGAAAGCCUUCGGUGGGAAUAGACCCUUUUGUACGUGAUCAUCAUAGAUCAUGAAUGAAUGAGCAUUUCUAAUAUAAUCGUGGGAAUGCCUUUGCCCGCAAGUGAGACCUCAACAGGCGUCAGUUAACUGUAGCAAAAUACCUUCUCGGGUGAUAACUCUGGCAGGGUUUGCAGUAAUAUAUUUUGCCUCAUCCGUUGCCAGGAAAUCCAAACAAAAGUAACUUACAAACACAUUCAAUAUGGUGGACUUUAACAAAAUAUCAGACAACUCAGUGAAGGAAAGAGG